GAGCUGGCGGCGGUGGAUGGAUGGGCGCCGCGUCCGCGGCACUCGCGGCCAGCUGAGCCCCAGGAGUAAACACGGGGCUUCUCCGGCCGAGUGCGCAGUGUGGUGACCGGCACUCGCCUCGCUGACUGAUCGCACCGGAGGAAUAUUUCGGGAGACUCCUGUGGGUAAGGUCAUUUUAUCCAGGCAAAAGCCCGGCAUUGCUAAACUUGGUGGCGGGUGACUGAAAUGGGCACUUUCGGGAUUGCUGCAUUACCCUGAUGCGAGGGGCUCCAGCCGCUAUUGGCAGUUGAGUGGAAUAACUGCAGUAGGUCUUCUGGAAGCAGCCACGGAAGGACAGAAGAUGAAAGCUCCUAUUCCCAACUUGAUUCUCUUGUAUGCUACUCUGACUCAGAGCUUGAAGGUUGUAACCAAAAGGGGAUCAGCUGAUGGAUGCACUGACUGGUCUGUGGAUUACAAGAAAUAUCAAGUUCUAGUGGGAGAACCUGUUCGUAUAAAAUGUGCACUCUUUUAUGGAUAUAUUAGAGCUAAUUACUCCCUAGCCCAAAGUGCUGGACUUAGUUUGAUGUGGUACAAAAGCUCUGGACCUGGAGAUUUUGAGGAACCUAUAGCUUUUGAUGGAACCAGAAUGAGCAAAGAAGAAGACUCCAUUUGGUUCAGACCAACAGUGGUACAAGACAGCGGGCUCUAUGCAUGUGUUAUAAGAAACUCAACUUACUGUAUGAAAGUUUCCAUUUCGCUGACGGUGGGUGAAAAUGACACUGGACUCUGCUACAAUUCAAAGAUGAAAUAUUUUGAAAAAGCUGAACUUAGCAAAAGCAAGGAAAUCUCAUGUCCUGAAAUUGAGGAUUUUUUAUUUCCAUUUAGGGAGCCUGAAAUUCUGUGGUAUAAGGAAUGCAAGUCAAAGACGUGGAGAUCCAGUAUUGUGUUUAAAAAGGACACUCUUGUCAUUCGGGAAGUUAGAGAGGAUGACAUUGGAAAUUACACUUGUGAGCUAAAAUAUGGAUUCUUUGUUGUCAGAAGAACCACGGAGUUGACAGUUACAGCACCACUAACAGAUAAACCACCAAAGCUUUUACACCCCUUGGAGAGUAAGCUAACAAUUCAGGAGACUCAGUUAGGCGGUUCUGCUAAUCUAACCUGCAGAGCUUUCUUUGGAUACAGUGGAGAUGUCAGUCCUUUAAUCUACUGGAUGAAAGGGGAGAAGUUUAUUGAAGAUUUGGAUGACAGUCGAGUCUGGGAAAGUGAUAUUAGGGUUCUCAAGGAGCAUCUCGGGGAGCAGGAGGUUUCCAUCUCAUUGAUCCUUGACUCAGUGGAAGAGGCAGACCUAGGAAAUUAUUCCUGCUACGUGGAGAAUGGGAACGGCCGCCGGCACGCCAGUAUCCUCCUGCACAAAAGGGAGCUGAUGUACACAGUUGAGCUUGCUGGUGGCCUUGGUGCUAUUCUGCUGCUGCUUGUUUGUCUAGUGACCAUCUACAAGUGUUACAAGAUAGAGAUCAUGCUCUUCUACAGAAAUCAUUUUGGAGCUGAAGAACUAGAUGGAGACAACAAAGACUAUGAUGCAUAUCUAUCUUAUACCAAAGUGGAUCCUGACCAGUGGAAUCAAGAAACUGGAGAGGAAGAAAGAUUUGCUCUUGAGAUUCUACCAGAUAUGCUGGAAAAGCAUUAUGGAUACAAGUUGUUCAUACCAGACAGAGAUUUGAUUCCCACAGGAACCUAUAUUGAAGAUGUGGCAAGAUGUGUAGACCAAAGCAAGCGACUGAUCAUCGUCAUGACUCCAAGUUACGUGGUAAGAAGAGGUUGGAGCAUCUUUGAACUGGAGACAAGGCUUCGAAAUAUGUUAGUCACUGGAGAAAUCAAAGUGAUACUGAUUGAAUGCAGUGAACUACGAGGAGUUAUGAACUACCAGGAGGUUGAGGCCCUCAAACAUACCAUCAAGCUCCUCACUGUCAUUAAAUGGCACGGACCAAAAUGCAACAAGUUGAAUUCCAAGUUCUGGAAACGUUUACAGUACGAAAUGCCUUUUAAGAGGAUUGAACCCAUGACAAACGAGCAGGUUUUAGAUGUCAGUGAGCAGGGGCCCUUUGGGGAACUGCAGACAGUCUCUGCGAUUUCCAUGGCUGCUGCCACCUCCACUGCUCUUGCCACUGCCCAUCCAGACCUGCGCUCCACCUUCCAUAACACAUACCACUCGCAGAUGCGCCAGAAACACUAUUACCGAAGCUACGAAUACGAUGUACCUCCUGCUGGCACCCUGCCACUUACCUCAAUCGGUAACCAGCACACCUACUGCAACAUCCCCAUGACACUUAUAAACGGGCAGCGGCCGCAGACAAAAACUAACAGGGAGCAGGCCCCCGAAGAGGCUCACACAAACAGUGCCAUCCUGCCCCUCUUGCCACGGGAGACCAGUAUAUCCAGUGUCAUUUGGUGACCCACACACAAGGGGCUGCCACCCCCCUGAGUAGGAGUAGAGCCUGCAGUCUGGUGCCUGGAACUACAUCCUCGACUGCUGCUGUUAAACAUGCAUUACAAUCGAUAACAAACGAGGAAAAACAGGGUCUUGUACAUAUGUUUUUGCAAUUUCUUUGUAGCAUCAGUCUUCCUGUUUUACCCAUGUCUCUUCCCAUUCACAUUUUUGACUUUGUUUUAUAUGUCAUUGGAAUUUGUAUAUUUACAUUUUUUUUAAAUGAAGAGACUGCUGUAUAGAUAGGAAACUUUUUUGCUUCAUUAGUAUAGUUUUAGACUUUUUGUUUGUUUGUUUAUAACCUCUCUUGGGAAUGCUUGGACAAAGCUAUGUUGAUAUCAGAAGCACCAUCCAUUUUGUUGGCCUGCCUAGCCAUGCCUGCUGCAGCUCACCUUUUUGGAGAGUUUUUGUUCUUAGAAGGACCCCAUUGCUCCCUGAGAGCUCCAGUUUCAUUUCUACUCCCGUAAUGUGCACUGCUCCUUCCCUGCCCUGACAAAAACCCCCAUUUGGGGUAACACUACAGUCUGAUCAUCUAACAUGUAACUUGGUAGAUACCUGUCAAACAAGAGGAAAUACCCAAUCUGUAUUGGUUGCUUCACAGUAGUCACUAGAGUGUGUAGAAACUAUAGCUGGUUUGGUUUUUUGGGUUUUUGCUUUUUUGGGUUUAGUUCUUCUCUUAAUUCUUAUUUUAAGAAUGAGUUGGUUGUAUCCCUUUUAUAAAUAUGAAAGCAACCCUAUUUUUAACACGUCCUGGAAAAGUAUUUAUGUGGCUGUGGAUUUUAUUUUUUAAGCACACAAUUUUUUUUCUUUCUCAAGUUUCAAAAUCCUGCAAAUAACAUUUGCAAAUGUCAGGCAAGUAAGACAAGUGAGGCAAUAGACACUGAAGUGCAGAGUCCUGCUGGUAUGUACAGUGAUGACUUCCAAACCAAAGGGGAAUAAAAAAGACAGUAUUGUAGAUGGUUUGUCACUUUGUAUUAUAGAAAGUGUUAUUUUCAAAACAAAGUAAGAGCAAAACAUUAUUUUCCUGUGGAUUUCAGAGUCCCUUGUAUUUUAAUGUUCCAAAAACUGUAUUUGCUUUAAAAUUAUAUAUUCAAGAUUAAGAAAUCUUCUUUCAUUUGAUUUUAGCUUGUAAUGAUAAAUAAAAUUUUAUUAAUUUCAACAUGAUUUCAGUAACAACUCAGGCAGAAAAAAAUGACGUGAAAUAUACCAGAAAUAUAAUUGUUUUCAGAAUAAACUUUAUUUAUACAAAAUUAAUAUUUAAAUCAGACCUGGAAGUAUUAAAAACAAUUUAUUCACUUUAAUGAAUAAAUAAAUUAGUUUUAUUUUUAUGUAUGAUUCUAUCUUUGAGGAGUUGCAAAUAAUGCAUGUACCAUGGCUGACAGGGAAGAAUGAAAGCCCACCACUGUGUUUACAUCCAGACAUCUUUGAGACAAAUUAAAGAAACACCUUGCUCAUGCUUUAAGUACCAGAAAGUCCCUUCUGGUUUUAGAAAGAGAGAGGAGUGGUGCAGCUCUGCAGUAUAUUCAAGCCAAGCUCUCUGCUAGUCCCUGCUGGCAGAAGCAGAGGAGCUGGAGCAGCACACUGUCAUAGAGCCUUGGGUUUGAUUUACCCUGGCAGAAUCAUAACUGGUGUCUUGGCAAAGAGUCCUUCGAGCCUAUUUAUGUAGUUAAUUAGCUCUAGGCAUUUUUAUGGCAGCUGAGUGACAUUGGCCAAUAUAAUGGAUGUUGUGGGGUUUGCCCGUCAUGGUUGUCACAACGAGAAAAGUACAAGUUAUAAUAUUUUGGUCUUCCUAAUGAGAAGUGAGUGGAGAAGCUGCAGUUUGGGGGAUGUUUGUGGGAGCAAUCCAAAACUGACAGUGUGGGAGGAAAUGACUGUUCUCCUGUGCUUCUGUUGUGAAAAUCAAGAAAUCUCAAUAUCUGCAUAAGAAGCUAAUAGACCUUUGAGGUGUGCACUGAUUUUGAGUUACUUAAAAUGUUUAUUUCUCUGAGAUUAAGCUCAAGUCCUUUUCUACAAUCUGUUCUUUAUUAUAGUGUCUCUGGACAUGUGCCAAACAUCCACAAAAUGGAAAUUAGGCUGCCAGGUCACAUAAAAUUUUAAGAGAGUUUGCACUUCUGCUUUAAGAAAGCUGUUAUUUAUUUGCUCUUACAGACACCUGUCAGGCACUGAUGGCAUUUUCCUUCAUUCAUCUGGAUGCCUGUCCUGGUUUUCACUGGGCUGAUGUGGGGAGAAGGGGAGGGAUUGAGUGAAUUGCAGUGUGGUGCUUAAUUUCCAUCUGGGCUUAAACCACAACAGUCCCAAUACCCCAGGAUCCUUUGAAAGCAAUGUUUUUUCCCCCUUUACAUGCCCUGGUGUAAAGAGUGGGAUGUGGAAUAAAUGUAGGAUGCAAUUAUCUGACCACAAUCACAUUUAAACAAUUGGCUUUUCUUGGCCACAUGGGAAGUACUUUUCUUCUUCUAUUUUUAGUGUAGAUUUAAGCACUUUGAAUAGCAUGAUUCAGGGAUUGACAAAUACUGUUUGAUAUUCUCACUACUUAAAGAAAACUUUUCCUAUAAUGUUUUGUCAUAACAUU